AUGAAGAGGAUCGUAGAUAAAUGACGUGAUAUGUGGCUUGGGGAGUUUUGCAAAAAAAAAUACCGUGUGGUCGUAAAUGUGACGUUUGACGAGUGAAACUAAAAGUUAAAGAGAUGUGAGGGAGAAACAGGAGGUGUGUUGUGUGACCCAUCCUGGUCGUUGUUGUUAUAAGAAGGACUGUCAGUUUAACUUGGCGAUCCCGAGCAAAAACGACAUACGAAGAUGAGUUUAAGCGUUAUUCUGUCAGAGAUCGACGGUGGAGAUGAUACAAGAGUUGAAAAGCUUUUGCAGGAGUAUAACACAGAGAACAGCCACACGUUUGCCUUUGACCGUGAAGAGGAGGAUGCACGAAUUAAGUUAUGUCAGGGACUGCUUACAGUUCUCCGUCGGUCAACUCGACCACUUUGCCAAAGCACCUGCUUGGAGACCAUGCGUAUUCUUUCCAGAGACAAGCGUGUUCUGGGACCUGUAGCCACCCAGGAAGGCAUUCUCACCCUAGCUGGGCUGGCCCGGAUUCGUGCUUUGGGGGAUGACGGAAAGACAUUCGAGGAAACACAGUCAGGAGAGGAGGAAAGGGUUGUGGUGGAGGCUCUUAAGUGCCUGUGUAAUGUGGUGUACAACAGCGUUGCCGCUCAGCAGGUUGGAGCUGACGUACAACUGGCAGAGGGCCUGUGUGCCCGCUUGCAUUCGGUUAGCUCCUCUCAACAUGAGGUGGGCUUGUUCUCCCUUCGGCUGGUGUUUUUGCUCUCCGCCUUCCGGAUGGAAGUUCGUAGCAAAUUGAGGAAAGAGGUGGGUGCGUUGAGGCUGCUUACUGAUGUGCUGGAACGCACCCUUGACGUGCACUGGGUAGGACCGUAUGAAGUCGCGCCUCCUGACCCAGAUGCCCUGCCCAUUUCUACAGAGAACAAUGACCGUGCCAUGGAAGCCCUUAAAGCUCUCUUUAACAUCACUAUGUCGGAAUCCAGUGAUGAGGAUAAUGAGCAUCAGCUUCGGCUAAUUGUAGGUAUCACGCGUCAUCUCCUGAUGCUGAAGACACAUUCAGAAGAUAAAACGGAGGAGGCUCACAGUCAUGCCAUAAAUCUCCUAAGUAACCUUCCAGUCCAAUGUCUGGAUGUUCUCAUCGACGUCCCUGUCCAAGGUGGGCUGGAAAAGUAUGGUGGGAAAAACAUGGACGCAGUGCAGGUGCUGCUAGAUUUUAUGGAGAAGAGGAUUGACAAGGGGUCCAACUUCAUAGAAGGCCUGACACCCGUUCUGAAUUUGAUGACUGAGGGUUCCAGAUACCACAGGGAAAUCCGAAGAUACCUCAAGACCCAGGUGUUGCCACCUCUAAAGGAUGUGAAGGAAAGACCAGAAAUCGGCUGCACGGUUCGGAACAAACUGGUGCGUCUCAUGACGCAUAUAGACAUGGCAGUGAAACAGGGCGCUGCUGAGUUCUUGUUUGUGCUCUGUAAAGAGAGUGUGGAUAAUCUGUUGAAGUACACGGGUUAUGGCAACGCCGCAGGGCUGCUGAUGGCACGAGGGCUGCUGGCUGGAGGCAGGGGUGAGACGGAGUACUCAUCUGAUGAAGACUCCGACACCGAAGAGUACAAGUCAGCCAAACCAUUCAUUAAUCCCAUCACAGGUCACAUAGAGCACCCAAUGCCAAACCCCAUGGAAGAGAUGACAGAAGAACAGAAAGAGUAUGAAGCUCAGAGACUUGUACAUAUGAUCGAUGAAUUAUCAAGGAAAGAACUGAUCCGGCCGAUGGGAGUGAGGAAGGAUGGCACUCUAGCGCCCCUAGGGGAGACCAUUCAUGGAUGCAGUCCACCACCCAGCAGUGACUCGGACUCAGACUAGCAGAAGCUGUGCUAACACAGACCCUUCCCACUGGUGUAAACCACCACAGUCUUAAAAACUGCCCUGUGCACUGGAGAAACUUGCUGCAGAAGCACAUGCAUUUCUUUUGGAAGCAUGUGUGGUGAGCAAUACAUAUUUAACAAAGUGAAGAAACAGGAAUUUGGUUUAAAAGAUAUGUGGGUCAUGAGAUUUUGAUGUCCGGAUAUAUCAGUAGAUCGCAGCAAAGUUAUCAGAAUGAACACUGUUUAAUAGUACGUUAUUUACUUACACUUAAUCACCCGUCGUCUCUGAAACAACAAACUACUAUAUACUUAGAUGGAAACUACUUUAAAGGCUGACAGGUGGCAUAAUGUUUCUGAGGAAUUUAUCUUUUGCUCUUAAGAAUCGAUAUCGUUUUGACAAGUUUGUAUUUAUUAUGAAAAUCAAUGGCUGAGAGAACACAAGCACUAUAACUGUUGUGGCCUCGCAGAUCUUCCUUUGAAACCUGGCAUACCUUACUUGAAAUAUGUCAAGAAAAAGCCAUAAAAUACCUUGUAUUGAGAAAUUUGUCUGUCUUCAUUUUACUCUGUGCAUUCGGUUCCGGUUAUAUUGUAUACCUUGUGUUUUACAGUAAUCUCUGACCGGUUUUAUAUUAUUUUUUAGCAUAAUUUUCUAAACUUUUGUAACUUUCUGUCUUUGAUUUUGUCACUAUUAAAUGUAGAUUUUUUUUUUGCCCCUUUUCUAGUAAGGUUCACAGUUUUCUACCUAAGACACAAAGCAUGAAAUAAUAAAAUAUCAGAAUAUUUUCAUGAUUAUUUUAAUUAUCUGAUUUAAAAGCUCUGCAACCAAAGGUUGUGUAUAUCUUGCCUGGACCUUCUAUUACCUCUAUUGUAAAUUAAGCAUGUUAAGGGGUAUAACAUUGUAACAGCCAACUUUUCUGUUUUCUUUUGACAAUCAUUUGCAAUAAAAUUUUAAAUACACUAUUA